CCAAAUUGCCUGUGGUGUCGCCCCAAAACCGAUGCGAGUUUUUUAAAAGAAAGCCACACUGGCCACACUGUUUUUACAGCAAAUUUGAUUUUCUCGUCAAAUAAAAUAAAAUGCUAAUUUUAGCUAGUAAAAGCGGCAAUCAAGAAAAUUCGUGGAAUGCAACUGGAUCGGUGGCGCAUUUGGAUGAGGAUUCGUGAUUUCGAUUUGGACACCAAUCGCAUCAGCAGCAGUUUCCCAGUCGCGUCCGCUGCUAUGUGUGUGUGUGCGUUUGCGUGCCCGUGUCCGUGCAUGUGCCUGUGUGUGUGAGAGUGAGAUCGGGAAGAAGUUGUUGUUGCUGUUGCUGGAAUUGCCGUUGCCAUCGUUGUUUGUUGUUUGUGCAUUUUCCAUUGUCAAACAAAAGAGAGCGAAUAAGAAAAAGAAAGAAAAAAGCAAAAAAAAAAAAAAUAAAACAAGUAGAAAAAGGGCGGUAAAAGGCCAGAAAUUUGGAGCACGGGAAAUCCGAGUCGUCGCUGAAGAUGUUCUCGAAGAAGAAAAAGAAACCGCUGAUCUCGAUGCCCAGCAAUUUCGAGCAUCGUGUGCACACGGGCUUCGACAAGCGGGAAAACAAAUACGUUGGCCUGCCCCUGCAAUGGGCCUCCAUUGUGGGCAACAACCAGAUCCUCAAGUCCUCCAAUCGACCGCUGCCCCUGGUGGAUCCCUCCGAGAUCACGCCCACGGAGAUCCUCGAUCUGAAGACCAUUGUGCGUCCGCAUCACAACAACAACAAGGCGGACACCACCUCGCUAAAUAGCAGCAGCACCAUGAUGAUGGGCUCCUCCGCCAUGGGCGCCAAUCCCAUGGCCCCACCACCACUCGGCUCGCAUCCCAUGAUGGGCAACACCCCGGGCGGCAUGAUGCUGCCCAUGGAGUCGGGCGGCAUAAUUCUGCCCAAGACCUCGCAUGUGGCCCGAUCCAAUUCGCUGAGGAGCUCCAGUCCGCCGCGUGUGCGCCGGGUGGCCAAUGUGCCGCCAUCGGUGCCGGAGGAGGAGGGUCCCCCGGUCGGAGGUAGUAGUAGUGGCACUGGCGGUGGCGGCUUCAAGCCACCCGGUGCCCAUCCCUCCCUGCUCUACGCCACGCACGCCAAUGGAGCAACUGGACCGCUGGCCGUGCGCACGGAUCAGACCAACCUGCAGCAGUAUCGCAGCAAUCUGGCCCCGCCCAUCCACCAGCAGCAGCAGCAGCAGACUUCGCCGGUGGGCUCGGUGGCCAGUGGCACACGUUCCAAUCAUUCGCACACGAACAAUGGCAACAGCGGCACCACCAGCUAUCCUCCCAUGUAUCCCACUAACCAGCAGCAGCAGCAUCAGCAGGCCAAACAGCAGGCUGGCGGAGAUCAGAACCAAAACCCCUUGCAUCCGCAUGCCCAUCCGCACCAGCACCAGCACCUGGCCAAGUCGGCCUCGAGGGCCUCCAGUUCGAGCGGCGGAGCCAGCAGUGCCGCCCAGCAGGCGGCGGGAGGAGCAGGAGCCGGUGGAACGGCAGGACAGCCCAAGCAGGAGCAGCGCUUGACCCACGAGCAGUUCCGCGCUGCCCUGCAAAUGGUCGUUUCCGCCGGAGAUCCGCGCGAGAACCUCGAUCAUUUCAACAAAAUAGGCGAGGGCUCGACAGGCACUGUGUGCAUAGCCACAGACAAGUCCACAGGUCGCCAGGUGGCCGUGAAGAAGAUGGACCUGCGCAAACAGCAGCGACGCGAGCUACUCUUCAAUGAGGUGGUCAUCAUGCGCGACUACCAUCAUCCCAAUAUCGUGGAGACAUACUCCAGCUUUCUGGUCAACGAUGAGCUCUGGGUGGUGAUGGAGUACCUCGAGGGCGGCGCCCUCACCGACAUCGUCACCCAUUCGCGCAUGGACGAGGAGCAGAUAGCCACCGUCUGCAAGCAGUGCUUGAAGGCUUUGGCCUAUUUGCACUCACAGGGCGUCAUACAUCGCGACAUCAAGUCGGACUCGAUUCUGCUGGCCGCCGAUGGACGGGUGAAGCUGUCCGACUUCGGAUUCUGUGCCCAGGUGUCCCAGGAGCUGCCCAAGCGCAAGAGUCUGGUGGGCACGCCGUACUGGAUGUCGCCGGAGGUCAUAUCGCGCCUGCCCUACGGUCCCGAGGUGGACAUCUGGUCGCUGGGCAUCAUGGUCAUCGAGAUGGUGGACGGGGAGCCGCCCUUCUUCAACGAGCCGCCGCUGCAGGCGAUGCGUCGCAUUAGGGACAUGCAGCCGCCGAACCUGAAGAACGCCCACAAGGUAUCGCCGCGCCUGCAGUCCUUCCUCGAUCGGAUGCUGGUGCGGGAUCCGGCGCAGCGGGCCACCGCCGCCGAGCUGCUGGCCCAUCCCUUCCUGCGCCAGGCGGGACCGCCGUCGCUGCUGGUGCCGCUGAUGCGCAAUGCGCGACACCAUCCAUAGAUGAUGGAUAACCCCCCCGCCCCCAAAAUAUUCGGAGGACACCUCAACCUUGGCUGGUUGAAACGAAUCCCCGCAGACAACGGGCAUCCAUCUAUCAAACUCUAGUAUUAACAUUCAGUUUCGGCAACUGUACUUAACCCUGAGAGCCCCUCGAAACGUUGUAAAGUCAUAUAAGCCGCCAGCACACCCACAUUUUAGCAACUGCACUUAUUCACCUUACCCACUACCACCCACUACCCACUAGCAACCCACUAGCGAACACUCGAAGUUCUGGAAGAGAACGCAAUGUGCCUUUCACACGCCUCCAAAAUCGAGUCCAGAACCGAUUCGGAUCGAAAUCGAUAUAGCAUUUAUCUGCCUGCAACACAUUUAUAUAUAUAUAUAUAUAUACAUAUACUACUUUCUGCAUUUUGCUCUCUCUUCUUGUCAAUAUUAGUUUGUGCGUGUGUGUUUGAAUUUUUUUUUAACAAGCCCAUAAACAUUGUUCGAAUAUAUAGUAUGUAGCGCUAAGAGAUCAUGUUAAAAAUUCUAUCCAUAUAUAUAUAUAUUUAAACACAUAUAUUUUUUAUAAAAACAAAACCUAGCCCUAAGAAAAGCGAAACAACGAAGGCGUGAAUCGAAAAGAGAAGGGACGAAUGCGUGAGCACGGAAAGUGAGAGAGACAGAGAUAGUUGGACAUAAUAUAUUUUUAAACGUUUUGCAAUAGACGCCACGUAAAUGCAUCUGAUACAUAACCGUGUGUAAUGUUGUUAACUCUCCAGACGAAUAUACACCUAUCAACACAUUCCCCAUUUCAAAAAUAUUUUAGAACUUUUAGCUUUGUUCUGUUUUUUUUUGAUUUAACCCGUGUAAUUAUUAAUUAAUGAAUAAACUUAAAUGCAAAAAUG